GCAGAUACACAUACACAGGAGAGAGAACCCACGCAAGAGAGAGAGAAAGAGGGGGACACACAAGCGCUCUCCUCGCGAUUGGACAGGGCGCGAGCAGCCCGAGGCCGCGAGCAGCCUGAGGGACGGGGGUGACAGCCUCGCCGUCACCGGGGUCCGGGGAGUCCGUUUCGAGCUCUGUCCCGCCUCGGAUUUGGUGGGAUCCGGCAAAGAAAUACCGCGGUUGGUGAGGAGGAGAGGAGGGGAGGAAAGGAGGUGUUGCGGAUGGGCGUCAGUGCGGAGCCCAAGGAGCAGGCGGCGUCCGCCGCAGCUCUGGCGGUGGAGGACGAGGCGGGCGGGAAGGAGGACAAGGCGGCCGCGGUGUCCUGUUCGAUCUGCCUCGACGCGGUGCUCGCCGCGUUCGGGGAGCGGUCCACCGCCAGGCUGCACUGUGGCCACGAGUUCCAUCUAGAUUGCAUUGGAUCAGCAUUUAAUGCCAAAGGGGGUAUGCAAUGCCCCAACUGCCGCAAAAUUGAGAAAGGGAAUUGGCUUUAUGCAAAUGGUUUCCGACCUGCACAUGAUGUUAGCAUGGAUGAGUGGGCCCAUGAUGAAGACCUUUAUGAUGUUAGCUACUCAGAAAUGCCAUUUCGCUUCCAUUGGUGUCCAUUUGGUCGCUUAGCUCAACUUCCAUCUUUAUUUGAGGAAGGAGAAUCAUCACCUCCAAUUACAUUCCAUGACUUCAUGGGACAACAUGUGUUUACGGAGCAAGUAGCUGUAUCUGCUGCACCAGGGACAACUCAUCCUUGCCCAUAUGUGGCAUACUUGCAUCCUCUUCCACCACUGACAUCGUCAAGCUCCCAUGUCCCUGAGAGAACCACUGAUCGUACUGCAUACCAUGAUCAUUGGAACCCCAUGGUUGGGCCAUCAGAUGUUAGGCCCAUGCAAACAAUGCAACCUGCUGAUUUCCAUCAUAGCCAUUGGGCACAUGUGCCCCAUUCUUAUGCUCAACCCAACAGCAACAAUGAGCAGCCAGGAAUCCCUUUUGGAACAAGGGCUACACGGGUUGAUGGUGAUAGCCAACGUCGAAUAUCUGUUGUUUCUCCAUCUUACUUCAGCAAUGGAUCUAGACCUCCCAGUGUUCCUCCUCUGAUGCCUCAGUUCAUGAGGGCCCAUGGCAGCAUCAAUGAACAAUACCAACAGAAUUCAUCAUCUAGCCUAUUUGCUGGGGCACAUAGGUCAGGAGGCAUGCGACCUGCGCCGACACCUCUACCAGAGAACCCCACCUUUUCCUUGUUCCCACCGGGUUCAUCCGGCCAUAGUUCGAUGGAGACUGAUGACGCUGGAGGAAGCCAGUUCUAUGCCUGGGAGCGUGACCGGUUCGCCCCAUUUCCGUUGAUGCCUGUGGACUGCGAGAUAAGCUGGUGGACCUCACAGCAGCAGUCUCAUAGCACAUCAGAGCCUUCAUCUGCUCCAAGGAGGCUAUUCGGGCAAUGGCUCGGCGUCGGCAGGUCGUCCCCUGAAAAUAGACCACCCGAGGGCUCUUCGUAUCGGCAAAUGAUGCCUGUGGACUGCGAGACAAGCUGGUGGUCCUCACAGCAUCAGUCUCAUAGCACAUCGGAGCCUACAUCUGCUCCAAGGAGGCUAUUCGGGCAAUGGCUCGGCGUCAGCAGGUCGUCCCCUGAGAACAGAUCGCCCGAGGGCUCUUCGUAUCGGCAAAUGCACUCGCCACGGAUGUAGACCAUCGCUGCUGGCAAUCCAAUUUAAUUUGGAACCCGAGAUGCUUGUAAGAAACGAUGGGAAACCCAUUGUAUUAUGUUAGGCCAGGCUGGGCCGUAAAACUUUGGGACGAUGUUCGAGGGGCGAGAAACAGGAAAUCAUCCGGCUGAGAGGAUAUUUUGAUUUGGUUUAUGUG